GUUUAAAGUGUUUACGUUGUGCCAGUAAUUUCAAACCAAUUGAAAUUAUUAAAUCUAUAUUUUUAUCAUAGGUGCAGUAUCAAAUAUUGUACUGUAGCUGUUACUUCGUAGAUCAAGUUUGCUUUUGGCUGUAUUAGAAUGGUUCUUUAAGCCAUGAAGCACAUAAAGGAUAAAAACUUUGUGAAGGGUAUCUACAACCGGGCACGCCGUACGCUUCCACAUGGGUUGACGAUAGAGCCAGUAGAGACACAUGCCACAAGAACAGGAGUGUGGGCCCAGACAACAUUUUCAAAAGGCCUCAUCUUUGGUCCCUAUGAAGGCCCAGUGGGAAAUUCUGCAGAGGAAUGGAAAGAUUUUCAAUUAUCUAAGACUUUUGAAGAUCUUGAUAACAAGUUCAAUGAGAGAAUGUGUAACUGGAUGAUAUUUGUUAACAGUGCAAGGAACAAAAGAGAGACAAAUUUCGAACCAGUUUUUUACAAUGGGACAAUCUUCUUCCGUUCAUCAAAAUCUAUAAAUAAAGGCGAUCAGCUUCUAAUAUCCACUGAUGUUAAGAUAAUUAGUAACUUAGAAGGCACUGAUGUAAAAUUACCAGACCAGUCAACUGGUCGAGAAAAUGCAAGCAUCAAUUCAAUGUCGGGGUUGAAUUCGGACAAGAAUUGUAACAUGAGUGAGUCUGUACCAUCCAGCACCACUCAUAUCUUGGAUGAACAGUCUCCUAUUCCUGAAGAUGAUGAGCUUAGUUUUGAUCUGAAUGAAUAUCUGCAACAAAACCAAAUAGAACUUAUUGAGAAACCUGUCAAUUACAAUCCACACAACCGAACAGAACCAGUGUGCUACAGAGGAACCUGUCCACCAGGGAAGACCAUCCGAGGCAAUGAACCAUACAUGUGUAAACAGUGCGGUGCAAGGUUUGCUCAUGUGAGUGUGUUGAUGAAGCAUGAAAACACACAUAUGGAGGAUUUGGGAAGGUAUAGAUGUACUUACUGUGGGAGGGUGUUUGUUCAGAAGGGAUCUUUAAUAAAACAUGAGGAGAUACAUACAAUAAAUCAGAAGUUAUCUAUUUGUAAAGUUUGCUCUGUUUGCUUUGAAGGACAGUCUGAUUUGGAUGAACACUUCAAAUUGUUCCACAGCUCUGAGGUUGGUAGAGCAUUCCCUUGUUUUGUUUGUGGUAUUGGUUUCAAUAAAGUUGGCAAUCUAAGAUCACACCAAAGGUUGAAGCAUCCUGGCAAGAUCUCUCAAAAGUGCCGUUUCUGUAUGAAGACCUUUAGAAGCAAAGCAUUUCUAAAUUCACAUGAAUAUCAGCACCUGUCAGACAAACCAUUCGCAUGUCAAUUUUGUAGCUUCAAGUUUCAAACUGGCUCCAAAAUAUUAAGUCACUUACGACGAAUGCACAAGAAUGAAGUUGAGUCCACUGCCAUGUCAGAAAGAGAAUCACUUACCUGCUACUACUGUGGCUACACAUUCUCAGUACACACUCAGUUCAUCAAGCAUGUAAAAGUAUGUAAUGCUGGUUUACACAAAGAUACUGCAUCACCAGUGUCAUCUGUUGCUAAGAAGCAUAUUAAAUGCAGCGAGUGCACAAAUUUAUUUUCAUCAGAAAAAUCCCUUAAGAGUCAUAUGAGGGUGCAACAUGCAGAUAAACCAUUUAAAUGCAGUAUCUGUCUGCAGUGCUUUAAGUUCAGCCGUGAUCUUAAGAAGCAUAUUUUGAUUCACAUGAACCAAGGCCCUUCUGCAGAACUACCACCUGCCGAUCAAGAUUCAGUGCUGACUUGGAACUAUAAAAAUGCCAACCAUGUGUUUUUUUGUAACACCUGUAACACAAGUUUCCUUGACAUAAAUUUCUAUCAGAAACACCAAUGUACAAAAGACCCUUCCAAUGCAAAAUCGAUCCUAGUGUGUCCAGUGUGUCGACGGGGAUUCUAUGGCAAGUCUCAACACACUAGACAUGUAGCAUUGUGUAAGAAUGUUUUACGAAGUAAAUCAAGGGCAUAUACGAAGAAGCAGCUGUUAGUAUACUGUAAGUGCUGCAAGACUGGUUUUCAUAAUCGCAAAGAAUUGUGUGAACAUAAACGAUUCUGCUCUGGUGCUAUGUCCGAGAAGCAAAAUACCUUAGGUCCAAUUAAAUUAUGCAAACGCUUACUGUAUUGUUAUGGAUGUGGUAUCUGCCAAAAAGCUUUUUCUAAAUCGGGUUUAUUAAAAUCCCAUCUGAUAAAGCUACAUCCAGAAGAACAUAAUAACAGUAGUAGAUGUAAAAAUAUAAAGCUGAACAUGUGCAAAGGUUGUAAGAAAUGUUUUCUUUGCCUGAAAGGUCUUUCAAAGCAUGUAAGGUCUUGUUCAAUUGUCGUGGGUAAAACCUCUGUUGCCAAUAAUCAAUCAGACUCAACUUUACCUAGUAAGUCUUUCAGUUGCAAGAUGUGCUCCAAGACUUUUAAAAACAUCAUAUUGUUCAAUGAACAUAGAUUGUCAUGCAAAUUGAGAAACUGCUCUAGAAAAUCUCCUGAAGUGAACAAAGCCACAGUAUCAAAUACUAACCAAGGUACAAGUAUAAUGAAGGGUGCUCGGUUUACCAACCAAGCAAAACCAACCAAAGAUGCUACUAAAUCAGUACCUGUGUGUACUUGCAAAAAGUGUGGAAGGGCAUUUAUAUAUCGAAAAGCCUUAGGGAAACAUAAGGUAAAUUGUCGUCAAAUACCUGAGAAGCCAACAUCAAGUGUUUCUAAUACAUGCCCUAUGUGCUCAAGAACCUUUUUAAGCCGGAAUACUCUAACUGCACACAAGAUGGUUUGUAUUGCAAGAAAAGGGAGAAAGCUUAAACAAGCCAGAAGGCCGGUUCGUCACAAAUGCUCCAUGUGCUCAAGGGUCUUCUUAAAUCAUAACAUCCUUGUUGCCCACAAGAUGGUAUGCGUUGCAAGGAAAAGGAAAACCUUAAAAGAAACCGUAAACAAAGAGGCUCCCGUAACAAAAAAGCAAAAAUGCUUCCCUUGUAUAUGCGGUAAGUCUUUUCGAUGCCUUCAAAGUCUAAAGAGGCACAAACACUCCUGCAUGCCAGAUAUUACAAGUGAAACUGCUAAUUACUAUCCAGGCUCUAUCGAUUCUCAGUCUAAAAAUUCUGAUGACAUCUCUUGCAAAAUAUGUGGAAAAACUUUCAAGAGGAUACAAGGACUCGCUAAACAUGAAUUAACAUGCAUCCCAAACAUAGCAGGGGACAGGUAUCCUUCAAAAGAUUCAUUUGAGGUACCUUCAAAUAAUAAGAAACUAGAAAAAAUAAAAACAAGUGAUUCUGAUAUGCUGCCAAAUGAUCUGUUCAUAUGUCGUAAGUGUGGCACAUCUUUUGAAGAUGAAGGCAAGCUUGUUGAACAUGAUUACGUUUGUUGUCCAGAAUUUGAAUUUAACGUGUUCGCUCGCAGCAAAUGUAGUACAACUUUACCAAAGGAGGUAGAUCUUGGAGUACAUGAGCAAAGUACCAGCACUACGAAUUACCCAUGUGACAUUUGUGGAAGGACUUUCUCGAACAAGGGUGGAUUAGGUAAACAUAAAAAAAUACACAAAGUUAACAACCUUUUAAGGCCUGUGGUUCUACAAAAUACACAGAGAGCUAUAUCCAGCAAACGUUUUAAGUGCAAGACAUGUGGAAAUUCUUUUAGCUCCCAGAGUGCUUUAAGGAAGCACAGAAGACUAAAUCGCUGCAAGAUUUACCACAAUUGUACAGUUUGUGGCGUGAACUUCAAAUCUGUCCAUGCCUUCGAACAACAUUCUGUGGAGUGCAAAGAAACUCGGCUAUAUUUGUGCAACAUUUGUGGACGAGGAUUCACGGUUGUUGGUUUUCUAAAACGUCAUAUGCUCAUACUCCACGACAAGUCUUUGAACACCAGCUCAACGAGUCAUGAAAGCAAUAAGCAACGGAAACCUAAUGAGCAACCAACAGAGCUCGAGAAGCGUAGUGAGCUCAACAAAGCAGGUUCAAUAUUAAGAAUACCAAACAUUUCCUCAAGAGCAACAGGAUCCUAUGAACAUCAAAGCCCAAACAAUGACAGCUAUAAAUGUGGCAUUUGUUUGAAGAAAUUUCCGACAUUGGAGGCGUUCGCUGACCAUGAAGAGGCUGAACACUAUAAAAAAAAUGAGUGUUAUCUUUGUUUAGAAAGUUUCAAAACUGAACGGGAACUUAUACUACAUCGCAAGUAUCACACCGAUGUUUAUCCACAUAAAUGUAAAAUGUGUUCCAUGAGAUACAAGUUCUCUGCUCACUUAAGACGUCAUUUUCAGAAGAAACAUAAAUAACAUAACACAACAGGAAAAGGCUAUCGAUUGCUUAAACAAAAAAAACAGAUCAUUUAUUGAUUUAUCAACAUUUGUGACCAUAUAAGAACAUGAUGAUGUCAUUUCAGACCUAUAGAGUUAAUCACUGGUAUUGUUUAUAUAAAAGUGAUAGUGUAGACUGAGUUUUACUCAGUUAAUAUGUUAUAUUCACACACUUAUAUAAAGUAAUGGGGAAAAUUGAUGAUUAUUAUGUUUCAAUAUUUCUGAUAAUGAAACACACAAUUGUAUUUACUGUAAACAAACAAGCAUUUCAGCAAAACACAAAUGCACACCUUUUUACAGCUUUACUACAUCGGGGUGUAUACAAAUGCAUGGGAAAAUUUGUAAGCUUGCACUUUCAAUUGAAGUUACAGUUUUGGCAAAAUUUCAUUCAUUGAUGAAGUUAAACACCAUCUUUUAUAUUUGAUGUUGCAUGCCUGCUGUUGCCUUUUAUAUCAUUUCUUAAGAUUGCCUGUGCAUGUGAAGUGUUCAGUUUCUGGUGUUUAUGUUAUUCUGUAUUCAUGUGAUAAUAAUACCUUAACCUAGGCACUGAUUUAUAGGUAAUGGAUUUAAUAUUUUAACUUGACUCUUUGGAUGAAAAUGUGCUUACCUUGAGUAAUACCCAAGAACACCACUUUUUAGUUUUUAUAUUUUUUUUUUGUCUUUUUAUAACUUCUUUCGACAAGGUAUGCUACUGUAAAUACUUUCCUAUUUAUAUCCGUAGUACUGCAGCAGAUGAUAUGUAGUAGCCGUGACAUUUUAUUUUUGUAUUGCUCCUGCUAUUCUAACAUGUGUUGUAUAGUAUGUAUUUUUGUAAUGCCUUAGUAUUCUACAGUAACAUUCAAGAAAAAGUACCAGUAGUACUGCAGCAGUACUGUAUAAUAUGAGUGUAGCCUGAAUAAAGUAGGUGUGAAAUGUUUUAUUUUUGUAUUGUUAUUUGAACAUGUUUUUUGUGUAUAAUAUGUAUUUUUGUAAUGCCGUUGAUGUGAUGCGACGAUUUACUUUGUCACUGCCUGAACUAAGCUGUUGAAGUUUAAAUAAGUGUUAUUAUAAUUAGCGCCCUCGAUAUGUUUUUUUUAAAACUUAUUAUGUCGUAGACUUUUAAAAGUCCUUGAUAAUAUUAGUACUAGGAAAAGUUGAAUAAACUACUGCAGUAACGGUCUAUAUACUCAUAUUCAGGUAUUGUUAUUGUGGUGAAAAAGGAGGCGAUCAUGCAUGCAUUAAUUGGUGAUACAUUUGCGCCGCUAGAGGAGGACAGGUGCUAAAAUAAUCAAUUUGUUGGUACAUUAGUAACUGAAGAGUUCUAUUUUUAUGAAGUAAAGAUUUUGUUUGAGCUAGGUAUUGGGCGGCCGUAAUGCUUAAGCCAUCCCCCUAUUUCCAUGCAUUGUUUACUAGUUUUACCAAUCCAGUAUUCUCAUGUUUAGUAGGCCUAUUUCGAUAAUGACCAUAAAAAUUGCAUUGUGAUAUAGAGGUGAUGGUCAGUCACGAGAGUGACGAUUAUGAGUAUAAAAGAAAGAUUAUGAUUAGGAUGAUUAUAAUUCUUGCACUUUCAUUUCACCUCGCUAUCAUCACGAUUUCGUUUUCAACACAUCUGUCAAUUAAGCCUAUAUCUCCAACCUGCACCCCAUACCUAACAUAAUGUCUUAAACAAAAUAACUGUGUCCACUCGAAUUUCGCAUUGGCUUCUUUUUUUAAUUAUUAAAAAAUGCAGUUCAAAUAUUA